AUGCUGAGACAACUAAGUUGUUGUUUGGACCAUUCAGCGAUCCUAAUGAGGCGUCUCUCUCGCAAGCGACUUACAAAUCCUCAAAGGCACAACCUAUCAUACUUAUUCAACUCAAAUGACCUUUCUAGAUAUAGACUCACUCCAAAAAGACUGAUCUACCUAUCGUCAUCAAAGGCCAUUUCUGGUGAUGCCGUCCGUUUUAUUUCCUUCACCUCGAUACCCAGGUUUGCGUUCAAGAUCAUUAAACUUCCUGCAGCGAUUGGUGGCGGAUUGGCUGCUGGUGGUACUUAUGUCGCCUAUAAGGUCGAAGAAGCUACCACUUAUACCACUUACCAGCUAGAUAAAAUCAAAGACUUUGCUAAAUCAAACUAUGAUUGGUUUAGUGGUGCAUUUGAAAAUAUAAAUAUCAAAUUUCCUGGUGGUCUGUCUGGCAAAGAUGGAAAUUCUGGCGAUAAUCAAAACAAUAAAUCAUCUCCAGGUGCUGGAGGUGCUGCAGCUGCAGCUUUGGCAGCAAGUUCUGGUAAUGAUGGAAAUGAUAGAACUAGAAUCCCAAGAUUUGUUGAAGAAGAAGAGGAAGAGGAAGAGGAGGAAGAAGAAAUAUAUGAAGAUGAAGAUGAAGAUCCUGACAGAGCUAAAGGGAAUAUGGAUGAUCAGAUUUUGAACUUGACGAAAAAAAUGAUUGAAAUCAGUAACCUCCUAUCCAAAGUUGAUCAAAACGAUUCUUUGAAGCUACCGUCCAUUGUGGUUGUGGGUUCACAAUCUUCUGGGAAAUCUUCGGUGUUGGAAGCCAUUGUAGGAAAGCAAUUUUUACCAAAAGGUGAUAACAUGGUUACUAGAAGACCCAUCGAAUUGACUUUAGUGAAUGAUCCAGAGAAUAAUUUGGAGACUGCAGAGUUUACUGACUUAAAAAUGGAUAAGUUCACCAAUUUUGAUGAGGUUUCCAAAAUUUUACUUGAGUUGAACUUGGCAGUCCCUGCUUCUACUGCAGUAUCUAAUGACCCGAUCAGACUUACCAUUAGAUCCCCACGAGCUCCAGAUUUGACUUUAAUUGAUUUACCAGGUUAUAUUCAAGUGCAAUCAGAUGAUCAACCAAGAGAAUUGAAGCAAAAGAUUCGAGAGCUUUGUAUGAAAUACUUGGAACCACCAAACAUUAUUUUGGCAAUUUCCCCAGCUGAUGUUGAUUUAGCUAAUUCAUCAGCUCUUAGAGCGGCAAAGUUGGUAGAUCCUUUGGGUGAAAGAACUUUGGGUGUUAUUACAAAAAUGGACUUGGUCGGUGCCCAACGUGGCAGAGACGUUCUUAGAAACAACCGCUACCCUCUUAAGAUGGGCUAUGUUGGGGUUGUUUCCAAAGUGCCAGCUAAAUCAUCGGCUUUAUUCCUUACAAAAAGAGAAACUAAUUUGAGUAAAGAUUUGCAGGCUAAUGAAAAUGCUUAUUUCUUUGGUGAACAGAAUGAGAAGUAUUUCUAUAAUGCUACUGUGGGUACAAAAGUUUUGAAAAAAAAAUUGAUGAAAAUUUUGGAGAAAUCGAUGUCAGCUUCGCUUAAACCAACCCAUCAAGCCAUUCAACAAGAAUUGGAAGAUGCUUCAUAUAAAUUCAAGGUCGAGUUUAAUGAUAGAAUGUUAACUCCUGAAACCUAUUUGGCAUCUAAUUUGGAUGCCGUCAAGGUUGGAGUGAAAGACCUUAGUACCAAGUUUGGUAGACAUGAGAUCCGUUCAUUGUUACGCUGUGAGUUGGAUCAAAAAGUCUUGGAUUUGUUGGCACUUAGAUAUUGGAAUAAGCCAUUGGCGUUGGACGGUAAAGCGCCAACCCUGUACAGUGAGCCAAUUUUGGAGGAUUUACAAAAUGCUUCGGAUACUGAUUUAUACUGGCAUAGAAAACUCGAUUUGACCACGUCGAGUCUUACAAAAUUAGGGGUUGGAAGAUUAUCCACUAGUUUGAUUACCAAUGCAUUAUUAGAUGAAAUCAACGAUAUCACCAUGAACACCAGUUUACAAAAACAUCCGUUGGCUCAGGAAAUUGUCAUGAAGUCAGCGAUGUCGGUGUUGAACUCCCGUUAUUACCUGACGGCUGACCAAGUUGAAAAUUGUAUUAAGCCAUACAAGUACGAAAUUGAUUUGGAAGACCGUGAAUGGAAAGUUGCAAGAGAACAUACCAUCAGGCUACUAGGCGAAGAAAUUAGACAAAGCUCUGAAGCUUAUAAGGCUUUGAAAGAUGAAGUUGGGGGACGUAAAUUGAAGAAUGUUGUUUCUUAUAUUGAUAAGUACAUGGGUAACAAUCAUGAUGAAACCAAUAUUGCCCCACAUGAAGAAUCGUUACAGUUUUCCAAGAAGCUUCUUCUUAAAGGUAGGGAAGCAAUGUUCCUUCAGGAUCGGAUUUCUCUUCUUCAAUUGCGUUUGACGGCGAUCAAAUCCAACGGUUGUGCUACCAAGGAAAAUAAGUACAAGUGUCCGGAGAUUUUCCUUAACUCUGUGGUUGACAAGCUCACACAAACUGCGAUUUUGUUCCUCAAUGUUGAGUUAUUAAGUGAUUUCUACUAUAACUUCCCAAGAGAUUUGGAUCAGAAAUUGAGUUUGGGUGCGCUUGGCAAAGAAACCAUUGAGAAAAUUGCCAAAGAGGAUCCAAAGGUCAAACGUCAUAUUGAAUUACAACAAAGAAAGGAAUUGUUGGAGGAAGCAAUGACAAAGAUUGAACAUAUUAUUGCUUUGAAAAAUAGCGGAGUUCAUUUUAAAUGA